CAGCAGCCAAGCAAGCAUUAUGUUGAGGAGCACUGCGCCGCAAAGAGUGCGUGAAGUGAGCGCACUGCCGGGCGAUACCCGGCCUGUCUGUCGCCAGUCCAGUCGUGUGCGAGAGGGGAGCGGGACGAGUCUUCGGCAGCGGGCGAAUGUGUCCUCUCGUAGGAUGAGGUGUGUGCCCGAAGGCGACUCUUCGAUAUGUGGAAAAGCCUGUUGUUGAGCUUUCUGGUCGUUUACGUCAACAGUUUGACUCGUCAUGGCGGAGAUCUCUCGCUGUGGAUCAGCGAGCAUCAGGUCAAGAUGUUCAGCGGAAUUUCCAUGGAAAUCUAUGCAAUUGUGGAUGGCCAUGUACUUGCAUAUAUUCUAGACCCAAACUUUGAGAAGUACCUGCCCAUCAUACCAUCAGAGGUAGGAUAUGUUAAUUUCACAUGGAAAUCAGGUGUAAAAAAGUACUAUUAUAACUUUGACCGGCUGCAGUCAUUUGAUGAGAAAAUACUUGAGCCCCCUCUAAUAUCCAUUAAAACCCGUGGACGUGUACCGCGAAGACCAAAGGUGUUUAGUGUCCUUUUGCCCUGCUCGGGUAAUGGUAGUGGUAUUGCCUCAUUUGGUAUAGGAUUACUCAUUGAAAGCCGGAAAGGACGUCCCAUGCCUGGUACCCCACUCAGACUGAAACUUCGUAAGGAGUGUGCCCACAGGGGUGAGUACCUCGCUGGACCUGACCCAGAAUGUGAUAAAAAGUGCGCCAAUGGAGGAAGGUGUAAUCAUGAAAAAAUCUGUCAGUGUCUUGAGGGAUACAUGGGACAAUAUUGCAAGACAGCUCUCUGCUACCCACAGUGUAUGAAUGGAGGUGUUUGUUCAGCCCCUGGUAUCUGCUCUUGUCCUUCAGGAUUCCAAGGUCGCCACUGUGAAGGAGGAAUAUGUGCAGAAAAGUGUCAAAAUGGAGGUAAAUGUGUACAAAAAGACACAUGUGAAUGUUCAAAAGGGUACUAUGGCUUGCGUUGUGAAUACUCAAAGUGUAUUAUUCCUUGUCUUAAUGGUGGACGCUGUCGUGGAGUGAACAAGUGCAAAUGUCCCCCUAAUUUUCGUGGUGAUCACUGUGAAAUAGGAAGAAGAGUGCCACAAAGAAGUAACUGCAACAGACCUUGCCGUCAUGGAAUAUGUCGAGCAGGGGGAAGUGAAGCCGGCCCAAGCUGUCUUUGUUAUACCGGCUGGUCAGGACGGUUGUGUAAUCGAAAAACUCCUAACUCAUAUGAUGAUGAGGAAGACGAGGAAGAUUAUGAGGAUGAGGAGGAUGAAGAAGACGAAGAAGAUGAAGAUGAUGAAACCAUAGGGAAAAAGACACAUGGGAAGAGAAUGAACGUUUAAAUAGAAGCUGUCAAUGCAGUUAGACGUCAUUUAAGAGUAGUGUGUCCUAAUUUACCAGAUGAAAUCAUUUUUUUCAGUAAUAGUUCAACUAGAAACUUUAAAAUGUUAAUGGUUUUUUUCUGCCAUGGAUAAUACAACUUACGUAAUAUGCUACAGAUUGGACUGAUGAAAAUAAAGAAGUUUCAAUCACAA